AUGGGCUCACGUCUUGCCGCCUUUCUGCUGUUAGUAUUCGUCUACCUCGUAAAUGGAAAUGAUGAUAUUCUGGAGCAAAAAGGUCGAUUCAUGGAGGCCGGAAUGGACCCGACUGUUGAUCCGUGCGAAGACUUUUGGAGCUUUGCCAACGCAAAUUUGAGUUCCGAUGUGUACGAUCAGUUAAUUUCGAACAACGUCUUAAAGGCAAUCGCUGGUCGUCCAGGAAAAAGAAGGGUAAAAUUCGACGUUCAAACCGUUAUCAUUUUUCAGGGCAUGGUUGUAGAAGCUCUGAGAAAAGAGUGGGAUGCCUGCCUCUAUAAAACACCCGAACAGUAUCAGCGUGAAUUGGCCCUCCAGCUGGAAAGCGACUCUCUUCAACGACAGGAAAUCGAAGACCACAUUAAAAGACUCUCCAACAAGUCCUACACUACGGAUAACAGAAUUUACAUAACGCAUUUGAUUAAUAUCCACAGACUUCUGUUCAAAUACGGAUCGGACGAAUUCGAUGAGAAUUUUGUCCAUUUAGCAUUAUUUGAUGAGAUAGCGGUCGGAUCUGGCAAUCCACUCUUUGAAUUCUACAAGAUGGGCAUAAUCUUUGGCGAGGAAGUUGAUAUGAGGCAGGUUAGCGCGGCAGCACUAAACGGCUAUGUUAAGGUGGGUUGAGUAAGAUUAUUAUUUAGCGUGGCAUUACUGAAAGCCUACAUGAAGGUGAGUUGACUAACGAGGGAUGUUUGAUGACAGUAGAAAUAGGCAUGAAACGCGAACAAUUUCGAGACAAAGAUCUCGGCCGUUUCUGCAAAGCACAUGCAAAAAAUCUUGCAUAUGUGGGACUUCCCUUCUAACAAGGAAAGUACUUUUAUGGGGGCUCCUACUUUUUGACGUGACAUAUAAAGCGGGAGAUAAAAGCUUUUCUGAAAAAUUUUUGAAAUUUUUCUGUUUUUACUUUUUUUUAAAAAAAAAAGUAAAUUUUCAGUUUACUUCAAGGAAAAUGCAAAAAAAAGUCAAUUUUGUUUCUGGCUUUCCGACUUCAAGGUCGGGAGUAGGACCGGAUCUUACUCCCCUCUCGGAGUCGCCGAAAGUCAGAGCUUGUUUUUACUUUAUUCCUCUUUUUGGCCCCGCACUGCAGGUUGCAAGGUUGAUGCCAAGUCUUUCCCUGAUGUGUCAAGUUUUUCUCUUCCGAAAAAAUUAUUUUUACGUUUGUGCGACGUUGUGAAGCUAUGUUCUCCACGAAGAUGGGCUGGAAAGUGGUCAAGUAAGUUAGCAUUGGCAAGAGGAGAUGUACGUUUUUCAUUUGACAUCAAAAGUUUCCAUUUUAUUUCAGAGAAAGGUACAAAAUUUUUCCAAUUCGUAAAGCUUCAUGACCAUGGAUAAUGUAAGUGAGAUUAUCUCCUUUUUUGCUACGACGUCAAGAUUCUAAGUCGGGAAACGUUUAGAGGAGACCCCACUCUCAUGUAUAUUCUCCAUGUAUGAAACCCCAUAAAUUUUGAGGAAUAACGACGUAAAAGUUUCAAAUACUAUACUAACUUUCCAAAAGUAUGUUAUACUAAAGUAAAACCUAUGCAAACUAUCUUCAAGUUGUUGUAACAACGUUAUUUGAGCCUUAUUACGUUAUUACCUCAGUUUAGAACGCAUUCGUGGCAAAAAUCCGGCAGAUCUGAGCGGAUUUCGAUAUUGUACAUGACACCUAGAAAUCGAAAUUGGUGGCGUUUGAUAGAUAGAGUAUAUAACAAAACUAAAGUGAGGUGUCCUCUAGAACUCGCCAGCCUAGAACUGUUAACUCCAAUAACGGAACAAAAAACGCGAUAAGCGCACUUACAUUAUCCAUGGUCAUGAAGCUUUACGAAUUGGAAAAAAUUUGUACCUUUCUCUGAAAUAAAAGGAAAAUUUUUGGUGUCAAAUGAAAAAAGUACAUCUCCUCUUGCUAAUGCUAACUUACUUGAUCACUUUUCAGCCCAUCUUCGUGGAGAAAAUAGGUUCACAACUUCAAAAAAAUCAAAACGUUUCUUCCGGGAGAGAGAAAUUUGACACAUCUGGAAUUCCCGGGCGCAGCUCGCAAAAAUAGUUUUGAAGAAAAUAAAUUGGCGUGCAGGUGAGUAAAAACGGCAUCCUACUCACCAGCCAAAAUGGGCGAGCCAUUUUUGUUUCAACUUUGCGGAUCGACCUUUUGGCGAGCCAUUUUUGAUCCAACUUUCCAAAAAUUUGUCGUUCGGAGUAAGAAUGUUUUUUGACUCUCCGAAAUCGAAAAUUUCCGGAAAUUUUUCAAAAUUUACUUUUUUUUUAAAAAAAAAGUAAAAACAGAAAAAUUAAAAAAAUUUUUCAGAAAAUCUUUUAUCUCCCGCUUUAUAUCUCAAAAAGUCAGAAAAAAUGUGCUGAUCAAGGAUAUAUAAGUCUUAGCUGCCCAUUUUAGGUUUUUAGGGGUGAAAACUCAAUCGGAAGUUGACUUAAAGUCCUAUAUAAACCCCUUUUCGCUUAUUUUUUCACAGGUUGACAAUUUUUAUUUUGGCUUAAAAUGAUGUUUAUUGAGUUUCUAAGACGUAAUAAAUCAGUCUUGGCCCAAAAAUUUAUUUUUCCGACCUUCAACUUCAAAAAAAGUUGAUUCGGCUCAAAAGGGAAAUCGAACCCGUGCGGCAUCCCCCCUCUUGAUUCCCAGACUACGGCACUAACCACUCGGCCACACCGCUCUCUUCCGAAGGAAGAGAUCGAGUGCUCUUUUUAUCGUUUCGAAUGUCUGCCUUUUGUAGGGAAAUUAAACCAGUUUUUGGGCAUUUUCACCCUUAAAAACCUAAAAUGGGCAGCUAAGAUUUAUAUAUCCUUGAUCAGCGCAUUUUUUCUGAUUUUUUGAGAUAUGUCCCGUCAAAAAGUAGGAGCCCCCAUAAAAGUACUUUCCUUGUAAGAUUACAUAACUUUGCGUAGUUGCCAAACCGAUCGAUUUUUUCACGGGCUGAUUUGGGUAAAAUUUUAUAGACACUGCGUACUGUAACAUCCUCAAAUGACAUUAGCAGUUUUUCGAUAUCUCGUAUCAAACCUUAGAUACUGCAAUUUUCCAUGGGGUAGGAGUACUUUCGUAACGGAAUGUACCAAUUUUCAGCCGGAAGAUAGGAUCAGUUCCAUGGACUUGUACAUUCACCGAUUGAAUCAAACUUUGCGCAGCCCGGAACCUGACUGUUUCAGCCUAGUCCUUAGAAAUUAUCCAAUGGUUUUAAAAAAAAUGCUUCACGAUUACUAUGGUCAAGAUUAUGUGGACCAGGCUUCUUCCCAAUUCCGUGACGAUCUGGACACAAUUUCAAAAACGGCUGAAACUUUCAUCGCAAAUAGCAAUGUUCUGAGCGACGAAACGAAGGAAAAAAUGCUGGAAAAUUUGAGGAAUAAUACGUUCUACCUGAUUGACCAUCCAAUCUUUGAAGACGGGACAUUCGAACGGUUCUUUGGCAAUGUUACGUUUCACAAACCAGCGCAGAACCGGAACAUCAACAACAUCUUGCCAUUGAUUCGUGCAGCGGCCGGAAAAUCGCCGACUUUCUACUUUACCGCCGAUUGGGUAGCGGUAGGCCUUGCUGUCUUCUCAAAUUAGCCAGCGAAGUGUUCAAAAUUGAAAUUUUUCUUGUGCCGAAUUUUGACUUGUCUUGAUAUAUCAGCCUGUCGGGAAAAUGCCGCCAAGAAAAUGAAGCGUGUCGCGGCGAAAUCGGAUCGGUUUUCACUUCAACGACAGGAUUGGCGCAGCGACGGGGCGCUCUCUAUUUUUCCGACAGACUCUUACUAGACCGUUCGUCAAGUUGCUGGUGCGAUUUUUGCGAUAUUUUGCACAGCAUACGUCGCAAAAAUAACUCCAGCGGCUUGCGAACUGAAAAAAUCGACGCUUUUUUCAGUGUCGAUUUUCUCAACGUUCGUGAGAAUUCUGGUGACAAAAUUUAUAUAUUCUGAGAGGAAAUUGUUCACCUUACAUACAGAGUUUUCUUUCUGCCGGUAUAUCUUCUGAUUAGCCGUACAGGUAUAAAAACGUAAUGACUACUUUUUAUUUUUUCAUUUUUUGGACACCGAUCAGCGGCGAAAAACGUUUGAAACGCUGUGUGUUACCAUAAAAUCUUUCAUUUCUUUAUAACCUGUUCCAAGAGGGCACCUGGGGGAAACGUUGGAAUUACCUUUAAAAAGAAUUGCAGGACAAUGCAUACCACGCUUGGCAUACUCACCGAAGCUUCUUUGAUUGGCCUGUUUUUGUAUUCCCGGUGUAUCAUCCUUCCUAUCCGACAGCUCUUCGGUUCUCUGGUGCAGGGUUUAUUGGUGCGCAUGAAUUGGGCCAUGAUUUCAGUAAGGCCUAACAUUAACGACCAAACGUAACGACUUUAGCAAAGAUUGAGGCGAACGGCGAGUUCAGCGAGCUUGCUGACUGCCUUUCCGAGUACUACGCCCACAAGUGCAAUCCCGAGCGACCAGAGAUUUGCACUGACCCCAAAACCAGCAUCGGCGAGAAUUUCGCCGAUUACUUUGGGAUUCGUAUGGCCUAUUAUGCUUACAAACGAGCUGCCGCCGGACAUGGAGUUGGGAGAAGGCCGCGCGGGACGAUUUUGGACCGCCUCUCUGAUGAUCAGCUGUUUUUUGUUAACUUUGCACAAACUACGGCUAAUUUCAAUGAGUGGAAUCAAGAGUCGGCCGAAAAGGUACAUUCCCCGGCUCCAGUCCGGCUUUUGGGUGCUCUCUCCGGAUUUAGGGCAUUUUCCAAUGCUUUUAAUUGCCCGGCUGGGAGUAAAUUCCAUCGCAAAGAGCAUUGCAAAUUAUAUGAUACGGAUGUCAAGCCCAAUCAUAAUUUGACUUACAAUUGA